CCCCCCCCCCCAUCCAAUCCGCCCCUCGUGGGACUGACUUACUACCUUACCCAUGAACAACACACCACCACCACCAACUCAAUAUACAUGACACUGGAGAGCCUAUUCCUCAGAGAAUCUACCCACUACCUCCGAUUGGACCUUUCAAACCGGUGUACGGUGUACAGAGGUAGAGUACGUCCGCUGGGUUACUCUUUUAGGGUUCCUACAUAAGUAUGGUGGUUAGGUACAGUACAGAUGAGAGCCAGAGAGCGAGAGAGCCAAAGAGGCGGCAGGCGGGGGAAGGAAGUGAAAAGGACCGAGCGCAACUUGCUUUUUUUUUCUUUCCCUCGCUCUCUCCAUCAUACUGCUUCAUUUGGCAAGGGGGGACUCUUGCGAGUUGGUUUUUCCGGUAGGGCGAGAGAAGGGUGCUGUGCGUGCGUGCGUGCGUGCGUACGUGCAUGCGUGCGUGCAUUCUGCGCGCGUUGUGUUUGUGACUGUGUAGUUGGGCUUCUUUUUGCUUUCUUUUGGGGCGGGGGAUGGCAGGUAGGUUGUCAGUCGGUCGGUCAGCUGCUUGAGGAGGGCUUUGUUUUGUUUUAUGGUCGGGUUUAUUUGGCUUCAUGUUGCGACUCAUUUGGAGAAUGGACAGGGGACUUGCUCUAUGUUUUUGUUUUUACUUAGGGUUUUCGUCUUUUCUCGGCCUUAGACUAUUGAUCUACUGCCUUUACGUUUCCCCGCUUCGUCCUUUCAAGAUGUAGUGGUCGCUGCUAGCUCAGCUUGGUCUCGUGCUUCGUGCUUCCCAGAGAAGCAUGUUCGA